AUGCAGGCAACCGAUUCUGCUCAAGAGAAGGUCGGCACAGACACGGCUCUUCCCCAUGCCGAGAAUACACAAACAUCUGGAGACAAUGAUUCAAGACUGGAACAGCCGAAGAAAAGCCUCGAAAGCGAGUCUGCGCCCAAAGAGACACAAGACCAAGCACACACCCCCUCGACGCCAACCAACACAGAUACCAAACCCCCACCCAACGAAAAGUCCCCAACCGAAGCCAUCGCGACAUCAGACGAAAAAGAUGAAUCCACCGCACCAGACGACGAUUCCAAGUACCUCAGCGGCUUCAAACUCGCCAUCCUGUCCGUCGGCCUCUGUCUAACAACCUUUGUCAUCGCCCUCGACAACACCAUCAUCGCAACCGCAAUCCCCAAAAUCACAACCGUCUUCAACAGCCUCGAAGAUGUCGGGUGGUACGGCUCCUCCUAUCUGUUGACAACAACCUCGCUGCAACCUUCCUUUGGCAAGAUAUACACCUACUUCGACGUCAAAUACACGUAUCUCUUCGCGCUCGUAAUAUUCGAAGUCGGCAGCAUUAUAUGCGCUGCGGCGACGAGUUCGCCCAUGUUUAUCGUUGGCAGGGCAGUUGCGGGCGCGGGGGCUGCAGCGUUGUAUUCGGGUGGUAUGACAAUCAUUGGGUUUUCGGUGCCGUUGAGGAAACGGGCGAUUUACAUUGCGGCGCUGUCCUCCAUGUUUGGCAUCGCAUCCGUCGUGGGACCUAUCCUUGGAGGCGCACUCACUGACCGCGCGUCGUGGCGAUGGUGCUUUUGGAUUAAUCUUCCGUUUGGGGCCGUGUCGCUGGCUGUCGUCUUCUUUUUCUUUACGAAUCCCAAGAGAACCUACUCGCAUCUUCCUGUCAGGGAGAGGCUGAAGAAGAUUGAUAUUGUGGGAGCUGUGUUCUUGAUUUGUGCUAUUGUUUGCUUGCUUUUGUGCUUGCAGUGGGGUGGGUUUAGUUAUGCGUGGAGUAAUUCCAAGGUCUGGGGUACGUUGCUGGGUUUUGGUCUACUCAUCUCCGUUUUCGUCGGCAUACAGUUGCGCCAGGAGGAUCGAGCGACAAUCCCUGUAAGAGUCUUUACCCAGCGGACUGUAUUGGUUAGCUGUUUGUACUCAACUUUACUGUCCAUGGCUUUGUACACGCACAUCUUCUACCUUCCCUUCUACUUCCAGGCCAUCAAAGGGACCACGGCUGAGGAAUCCGGCAUUCGCACCAUCGCUUACCUCGUCAGCAUCACCUGCUCAUCCAUUGUCAUCGGCGGCCUCAUCACUGUUGUCGGUUGGUACGCACCUUUCAUGUGGUUCGGCAGCGCCAUCUUCGCCAUCGGUGCGGGCAUGCUGUACACGCUCAAAGUCUCUUCCCCACCGGGUCAAUGGAUCGGCUACCAGAUUCUCGCCGGUAUCGGCGCAGGAGCUGGUGUACAAAUCCCCUUUGUCGCAGUACAGGUCGUGACGAAUGAGAAAGAUAUGCCAACAGCCAAUGCCUGCGUCAUGUUCUUCAACUCUCUCGGUGGCGCGCUGAGCAUCUCGAUUGCGCAAAAUAUCUUUGUCAAUACGCUGGGUAAAGAGGUGCCCAAGUAUGCGCCGGGAUUUGACGCGAGGAUCGUUGCAAAUGCUGGGGCGACGAACUUGAGAGGUGUUGUGCCGCCGGAGAUUCUACCUGGCGUGCUGCACGGGUAUAAUAAUGCGAUCGUUACGGCAUUCAUACUUGCGAUUGCGACGAGUAGUAUCGCAUUUUUUGUUAGUCUGGGUAUGGAACAGAAGAGUGUCAAGGGGAAGAAGAUCAUGGCAGGUGGCGGAGCAUAG